AUGUUGCGGUGGUAUCAGACCAAGUUGGCUAGGCAGCCCAUCCUCACGGCCAGCGUAACAAGCGCUGUGCUUUUUGGUUGCGGAGAUAUUCUGGCGCAGCAAGCUGUUGAUCGCAAGGGCUUCGAUAAGCACGACAUGGCAAGAACUGGACGAAUGGCGCUGUAUGGAGGAGCGAUCUUCGGACCGGCCGCGACCACAUGGUUCGCCUUCCUUCAACGAAACGUCGUUCUGAAGAGCCACAAAGCUACGAUUGUUGCGCGCGUUAUCGCAGACCAAGGCCUCUUUACUCCUACCCACCUAACCUGUUUCCUGACAUCAAUGGCAAUCAUGGAAGGCACGGACCCCAUCGAGAAAUGGCGUACCAGUUUUCUUCCCAGUUACAAGGCGAACCUCACUAUCUGGCCUCUAGUCCAGGGCGUCAACUUCUCAAUUGUGCCACUUGAGUAUCGGGUCUUGGUAGUCAAUGUGGUCAGCUUAGGCUGGAACUGCAUAUUGAGUUUGAUCAACAGCGGCGAGAAAUAA